UGUUAUGGUCCGAACAUGUUUUGUUUUGUUGUUUUCUGUAAAUGUUGUUUUAAGCAUUCCGGAAAGUGUUCAAGUCGAUAGAAUGUUUAUAUGUUUUGUUUUGCAAGUUUUGUUGCUUUUAAAUUCCGGAAGAUGUUCGUAAUGUUUUUUACAUUUUCCGGAAAAUGUGAUGUUUUGUUUUCAAAUUCUAGAAGAUAGUUUUAAUGUUUUUAAAUUCCGGAAAGUGUUUAAUUCAACAGAAUGUUUAUAUGUAGGGAAGGAAUGUUUUACAGAAUGUUUAUAUGUUUUGGUCCGGAAAAUGUUUCUUCCUUCAAAAUGUUUUUUUCUAUUUAAAUUAUAA